UUCUCUCCUUCGUGGAAAGGGAAAAAGUGUUCCAGCCUUUCUGCUGAGGUCAGAUGCUUUACCAGCGCUGCAUGCUAUUAGUGAAACCAGUCAUAUUGCCAUGGACAUAAUAAAAGACCCCCCUGAUCCGGAGUCUGCUUGGACACUGAAUCAUCACACAGCCGCCUCAGGCCACAAUUUUCAGGCUCUCUUACUGGAGAAAUCCAAGAGCUUGGCACCAGCCACCAUUGUUCAACUGCAGAAAAUGCUGACGAAGAGAUACUGUGCCGCUACAACUCUGAAUAUUUCCUGCUGUUUUAAAGAGGGUGAAAUAAGAUCAGCAAUGAACAUCAAGAAAAUGUCCAAAGAACAGAUUGCACGACUACAAAUCAGACAAAAAGAGAGCACACGGCGAGCGAUGGACAUUCUCAUGAAGUAUGGUGGACAAGCUGCAGUCCGUCAACAUGACGUUUUCCAAGCUGCUACUCUGCAUUCUGGCAGCACGUCAAUGAAAGCCUCAGAUGUCCCACAAUCAGGGAAAAAUAGAAGUUCAGUCAACAUGAUCAAGAAAAAGGAACAUUUGAUCAGCAGCUUGCAAAACAUUGCUCAGAAGCAACAACCUUUAAAAGCUGUAUCUGGUGUGUAUGAUGGUGAUGAUGAUGAUGAUGAUGAUGGAUUUUAUCUUGAGAAACAACUCUUGUUGGUACCCAGGGAGAAGACAAAAUCUAUGAAGAGACUCCAGUUUAAGAUAAAGACUGCUCAGGAAGAUAAUAAAGAGAAUUUUAACGUGAGGAUAAUCACAAAACAAGCAGGGCUCCGACGCCCAGAGGGAGAAAGACAAACACAACGAUCACUGACAAAUAUUGAAAAUGGAAACCAGAAAAAAAUAGCAUUCAUCCUCCAAGCUGCGCAUAAAACAGAGAAUAAUGAUGUUGAUCGCAAACAAGUGCUUACUGAGGUGGGAGAAGAAGUCUUAAUCAUGUUAUUCCCUCCAGACACAAAGAGGAGGACACAUAAAGUACCAUCAUCGGAAAUAAAACUUAUUCUGCACGCAGACACUGGGUGGAAAACGGGAAAUAUACCCAUGAAGGCGUCGGGUGAGCCCCCAUCCAUGACUAAAGUUACAAAGACAACAUUUUUCAUUGAAACAAAGAGUUUGAAAGAAAGUCUGUUUUCAUUAAAAAUGCAUGCGCCGCUCGAUAGAGCAGACAGUAUGGACAUAAAACCAGCAGAAAUUACAGCUAAAGUAAAUACAGUGUCUGUAUAUACUGAGCAGAUCAAAUCAACACAAGGACACACAGAAACCUACAAUCCAACUAGUGAAAUGAUGGGCAUGAAUCCAACUAAACAAGAGGAAAAUGUGCCGUCAGAAGAAUCCCUCAUACCUUUUCCUCCCUCAUUUAAAAUGAUGGAAAGAGAAACUGCAAAAACAGAGCACAGAGCAGAGACAACGACAGUAAACAUGGAGACAAAAGGGACAACGUCAAGUACGGAAGCCUUCAAUCAAGGCGGUACACAGAAAGCAGACAGACUGCCGAGUAGAGAGACUCCAAGGACAACGAGUCCAGAAUUUGAGCCCAGAUUUAUAAAAUGGAAAACUGGGACUACACAAGCUACGACUGAGUCGUCCUUCUCAGGCCUCAGGAUGAGACAGGACAUCCCUGCAGAUACAACCAAACUUCAUGAAGGCACUGAAGAAACAGCUGUAACUGAAAGAAAAGAAGUCCAAAAUGAUCCACUAGUGGACUCAUUUACAUUUGCAAAACCUUUAGAAACAAUCUACAAACAAGCUACAGACACGCUUCCAAAAACUACAGAUGACGAUAUGCCACUCUGCGGAGGUUUAAUCCAUCGCACUGCAGCUGGGUGGAAACACUGUCUGGAGAGAGCUGCACGAAUGAGAUCAAAGAUGUUUUCCUCAAAGGAACCCACGGAUGCAUUUAAGCGUACAGGAGAGCAGGAGACAGGACGCAUUUCCAUCAGAGAGCAGAAAGACAAUCUGCUUGACGAUGAGGACUACGAUCAUUUCUAUUAUUUCGACGGAGUACUGAGAAGAGUUCAGAAUAACUUUUACCCCUAUUACAAGAGACAAAGACUGAAAGAAAGGAGCCUUGAGGACACAGAAAACAGUGUUUUCACAGUGAAAAAUAAAAGAGAAAAUCUCCUCAGUUAUAUGAGACGUCUUACUUUAAGGAAUAAGGCCGAUCACCCCGAACCAUCAGGCCCUGAAGAUGAUGUGCAGAGAAGAUUUAAUUGACAGAGUGACUGGAGGAUCCUGAACCCUGCAAAACAAUUAACAAUGCAAAAUGCAGGAACACAGUAAAGCACUGAUUACACGGAUGCCUAUUGUUUACCUGCUGGCCAGUAAAUGACAUGCAAUAUCCUGCUUUGAGAGUGAGAAUGUCAUCAUCAUCCAAACAGAUGCCAGAAUAACUGGGUGAAUAGGCAGGGAGCAUCAACACACUGAUGUUUUUUCAUGUGCAGCUUUGUAAGAGCACUGACUCUAAUAUUAAUGUGUUCUAGUGUAUAUAGACAUCGCACAGACGUUAUUAGUAUCAUCACAGUAUACUGGAGAUACUGUGGCUGUGACUGUAAAUUCAGUUCUAUAAAUACUUUGUGCAUUUUUGAUGAUAAUGUCCAUCAAAGCAACUUAAGACACUUCUACUUCUACCUCUGAAUGGAGUUUUUAGAUUAGUUCAAUGGACUCAACCAUCCACGCAAGACAUUUCUAGGGGAAACAUUAUGCAAUUUAUUUAAGUGAUUACUAAGAAUACAUUAAUUAAACAGAACCCAUUUAAAACAGCAUAUUAAAAAGCGGAUUCUUUGGGUUUAGUAGUCUGUUCAGUCGAACAUUUUAUCCUUAACAUAGUAUCUUAAAACUAACUCCUUAGAUUCCUUCAGUCUCUACAUACUGCAGUGUUUUCUUUUAACUGUCUUUUUUAUGUUGCUCAAGACGAAUUAGCAAAGCACACCGAAAUGUAUGCUGCAUAUACUGUGUAUAUACACACAAACACACACAAUCUGCACUGUUAUGGCACUCUGACUGUCUCUCUGUUCUUGUAUCUAAGCACCAGCCACACUGAGGCAAAUACUUCCACAUGUAC